CUCGGUGGCAGGUUCGCGUGGCUUUGGCUUCCAGGUCACUUGCAGACUGCAACGGGACCUCACGACACAAUGAAGACAGUGGUGCUCCUGGCGGUGACUUGUCAACUUGCCCUCAUGGCACCCCGGAAUAUUCCUCAUGUGCCCGAUGUCGUAUUCCCUCCGGUCCCGGAAGACGCACGCCUGAGUUCAGACCAACUGAGGGUUCUGUCGGAGACGAAUCAGGACCCCGAGGUGCAACCCGGACUGUUCCAGGGCGAUAUGGCACUCACAAACGACAUGUACGACUUGUGGAGAGUUGGCCUUCGGUGGGAUGUGGCGCCGGAGAGAAAAUGGCGGAACAACACCGUGCAUUACGUCAUCAGUCCACUAUACGAUACGUCAGAUUACGUCACGAUCUAUAAAGCCAUCUUGACGCUCAACUUCCUGACUUGCAUAAAGUUCGUACCGUGGGAUGGCAAAGCUAAGGACUUCUUGCUCAUCUGGCCAAUUAAAUACCCUCAAGGGUGCUGGUCGUAUGUGGGCCGAUUUGGAGGCCCUCAGAUCCUGUCGCUGCAACCACCGAACGCGAUGAGCGCCAACUGUCUCGGCGGGGAGGGCCGUUCCAUCCACGAACUGCUUCAUGCACUGGGCAUCUUCCACGAGCAGUCCAGGGCAGACAGGGACCAGUUCGUGGACAUACACCCUGAGAAUAUCAUAUCAGAGUUCCGAGUAAACUUCAACAAAGAGAGUCUGGAAAACACUACAUACAGCUUUGAGUACGACUAUGAGAGCAUAAUGCACUACGGGCAAUUCUACUUCAGCAAGGGCAAAGGUCAACCCACUAUCACCCCAAAGAAGAAAGGUGUGAAGCUGGGACAAAGAACGGCAAUGAGUCACACGGACUGUCUCAAGAUUAAUGACCUAUACGGAUGUCUGGACAAGUCCAUGUACCAUAGGAGGAAAUACUACACACUGUGCAAAUUCAUGGGGCUCUGACUGUCUCGGGGUAUUAAAGAUGAUCAGGUUCACAAGACUAUUUCCUUGUUUCAUCAGCUCUUCCACGACACCAGUCUGAACGACCAGCGUUCGAUUCCCAACAGCAAUAAUUUUCUUUGACAGCGACACUGGGGUCCACCCAGUUACCUAUCCAGUGACUGCCGACGGUAAAACAGCCGGGGCGUGAAGCCAACCACCCACCUCCAUCUAGCACCUAGGUUAAAAAUUAUUGGGUUUGUAAUUCAAUUCCUCAGCCGUCUUCAUGUUGCUGUACUCAAUUAGAGGAAUAAAAUAUUUAUUUAUUUUUUU